CGAGCCUUGAGCCUUGCACAACUUCGCUGCUGCUGUCUUCGGCGCCUUGGCGUUUGUGGAAAAGUCGCCGGCCACGAGCACCACCAUCAGCGACACACGACUCUGUCUAUACACACUCCAAGCCAUGGAAUUAUCACAAUCCGCCGCGCGGGUCCUGGCGCGCUGUCGGCCCUUGUCGCUCUACUCAACUCCGCUAUACCGCAAUCAAUUGUCUCCGUUCGCCAUCCGCUCCUUCACCACCACCCGCAUGCUGCGUCAAGACCAACCCGAUGCUUUCAUUCGCCAGCUCAAGCAGGAGGAACAAGAGACGCGCUCGCAUGACACGUCUGCUACCGCUGAAGAAGAUGCUGCCCCAGCACCCGCACCACAAUCAGAUUUGCCCGAGUCCAUCAACGAUUUGAUGGACAAAGCCCUCGAUGGCUUCAAGGGUGUUCCCACCACCUCAGAACAACGCACCUCUCGCUACCCGACUCCGUCUGCCCAACAGAAGCACCGCGUCCAGCCGGCCUCUGCCAACGGAACGAGCGCCGCCGAUUUGUUUGCCAACUUCAGAACCUCGAACCAAGUAGCCAACGUCUUCAACGUUAAGAGGGAGAUCUCACCUGUCAAACCUCUCGACUUUACACCCGGUCCCACUCUCGGCAAGACCGUCAGGAUAGGCCCUGCCGGCGACGUCGGUCGCGCCUUUCGUCAGGUCGAACAACUUUGCAGUAGGAACAGAGUCCGCGCAGACUUCAACAAGCAGCGCUUCCAUGAGCGUCCUGGUCUCAAGAGAAAGCGUCUGCACUCUGAACGUUGGCGAAGACGUUUCAAGGAGGCUUUCCGUGGCACUGUCAAGAUGGUCAACAAGAUGAGAAAGCAGGGCUGGUAGUCUUAUUUCGCCCAACCACGCAUUGUACAAAAUUAGCCGCACCUUUCGACCUCUCGUCUACUGCACGUCACUUGUCAAGAAGUAUCAUGGUCAAUCACAUAGACUUGUGGAAUUCGUCAUUGGAAUCAGCGGUGGGUUCAGGCUUUGGUGUUUAUCGGAUCGUUUUCAUGUAGGACUACGGGCUGCUUCUUGUCGCUGUCAACAUAUUUUCAAAUCUUUCAGAUAUCAUGAUCGUCUCGGCAGAUGGACUCUCGUUUGCUCACUUAUAGUAUUCCUCUAUUGCAAGAGUCCUGGAGGUUGUAUGUGGUUGUGUAUAAUUUUGAGCUUUGAUCUCCUCCAUGUAUGGGAGGUAACCC